UCACUUUCUUCAGGAAUGGGUCAGUUGCAUUCCCAACGCCAAACCAGGAAGCAGUACGAACGCGGCAAGAUGAGACUAUUUGUAAGCGUGAUCGUCAGUGGGAUGCUGCUCGGGAUUGCUAGCCAGGUGGAAUGUGCCAACAUUCUCGUGCUGAUGAGUGUCGUGUCGCAGAGUCAUUUCAUAUGGAUACGUCCUAUUGUGAACCGGCUGGCAGAGGUAGGACACAACGUUACCGUCCUUUCGGUGAAUGUGGAUCCAGCAGCUCCGGCAAACGUCACCUACAUUCAUCUGGAGAACAGUUACAACACGCUGUACGGGAAUGGUACACUAGCACGCAACGAUAUACUGAAACGGUCCAACGAAAUGGCAAUGGCUGCCACCGUUUCCUUCUAUAAGUUUGGUUUGCUUGGAUGUGAAGGAGCUAUAACGUCUAAAGGAUUGCAGCACCUUCUCCAGUAUCCUCCGGACUUUCGGUUCGAUCUCGUCAUAUACGACUUUACCUGUGGUCCGUGCGUUCUUGCCCUGCUGCACAAAUUCCACUAUCCUCCACUGGUGAGCGUGACCGGGUUUGGAGUGCCUCAGUUCACCGAACGGCUCGUUGGUGGCCAUAAAGCCGCCUCGCUUGUGCCACACUUCACGCAGCUAACCGACAACCCGAUGCCGUUUAGCCAACGUUUCACCAACACACUGAUCCACCUGUUUGACGCACUCUAUCGGCGGUACGUGUUCCUGCCACGGCUCCAGCAGAUAGCCCAGCAAGCGUUCGAUUUUCCACUGCCCGACCUGACCGAACUGGAGCAAAGAACACUGAUCAUGCUUACCAACUCGAAUCCUGCACUCGAUCCAGCGGAAAGCAUGCCACCGAACGUUAUCCCCGUCGGGGGGUUACAAAUCGUCGAUCCGAAGCCACUUCCGUCAGAGCUGCAAAACUUCAUCGAAAACGCACCGCAGGGUGCGGUUUUGUUUGCGAUGGGCACUAACUUUAAGAGCAAAAUGUUCACCGCCGAACGACAGGCAAUGUUUCUGGAAGCGUUCGCCCACCUGCCGGAGUAUCGCUUUCUGUGGAAGUUUGACGAUGAUCAGCUGCCGAGAAAGGCGAGCUCGAAUGUGUUGAUAAGGUCGUGGUUGCCACAGAACGAUAUUUUGGCUCAGCCCAAGGUUCGUGCGUUCAUAACACACUGCGGGUUGAUGAGUACGCAGGAGGCAACGUAUCACGGGGUGCCGAUGAUUGGUAUUCCGAUAUACGUCGAUCAGCACCUUAAUCUGCACCGGACGGUGCAGGUCGGGGCAGGUGUAAAGCUGGACCUAGCGACACUAACGACGGGUAGCAUAGUGGCGGCCCUGAGGGAAGUGCUGCAGAACGUAUCUUACCAACAAGCGAUCGGACGGCGUUCGGCACUGUUUCGUGAUCAGCCGGAGAAGCCGCUGGAGCGAGCGGUGUGGUGGAUCGAGUGGGCACUGCGACAUCCGCGGGAGGAUCGAUUACGAUCGGGGACGGUUAAGAUGAACUACCUUGCAGCGAAUGGGUUCGAUGUGUUCGCAUGUAUUGUGGUGGGAGCUGUCACUUUUUUAAUGAUAAUCAGAAAAAUAGUUUCCUUCAUGUAUCAAGUGCCUAAUACGCGACCUAAGGAAAAACUGAAGUAGAUUUUGGAACGCAAGAAAGUAUUUUGAUAAUUAUUAAACAAUAUUCCAUCUUUUCGUCCCCUUAA